AUGGCGACUCCCAAUAAUGUUACUCCCACCAACUGCAGCUGGUGGCCCAUCUCGGCGCUGGAGAACGACCCAGGGAAAUCCACGGAGGGGGAAGAAAACCAGGACCUGACAGACCCCGCUCUCAAAUCCCAGGACAGACUGGUUUUGUACCACUGGACCCAGUCAUUCAGCUCACAAAAGGUGCGGCUUGUCAUCGCAGAGAAGGGGCUGCCCUGCGAGGAGCGGGAUGUCAGCAUGCCCCUGAUGGAGCACAAGGAGCCCUGGUUCAUGCGGCUCAACCUGGGGGAGGAGGUGCCCGUCAUCAUCCACAGGGACAACAUCAUCAGCGAUUACAACCAGAUCAUUGACUACAUGGAGAAGAACUUCACAGGAGGUAAGGCUAACGAGUGUCCCACUAACACUUUUCCCUUUGUCCUCACAGAAAACGUCACCCAGCUGAUCCCCGAGCCAGGCAGCCUGCUGCACUCGCGGGUGCUGCAGUACCGGGAGCUGCUGGACUCGCUCCCCAUGGACGCCUACACGCACGGCUGCAUCCUGCACCCCGAGCUCACCACCGACUCCAUGAUCCCAAAGUACGCGACCGCUGAGAUCCGCAGACAUUUAGCUAAUGCCAGCACAGAUCUGAUGAAGCUGGACCACGAAGAGGAGCCACAGCUAUCAGAGCCCUACCUCUCCAAGCAGAAGAAGCUCAUGGCCAAGAUCCUGGAGCAUGACAAUGUGAACUACUUGAAGAAGAUCCUUGGUGAACUGGGAAUGGUGCUAGAUCAGAUCGAGGCUGAGCUGGAGAAGAGGAAACUGGAGUACCAAGGGCAGAAGUGUGAACUCUGGCUCUGUGGAUGCGUCUUUACUUUGGCCGAUGUCUUGUUAGGAGCUACCCUGCACCGCCUCAAGUUUCUGGGACUCUCUAAGAAAUACUGGGAAGAUGGCAGCAGACCCAACCUACAGUCCUUCUUCGACAGGAUACAAAAACGCUUCGCCUUCAGGAAAGUUUUGGGAGACAUACAUACCACGCUGCUCUCCGCAGUGGUACCCAAUGCCUUCAGGCUGGUCAAGCGGAAACCUCCCUCCUUCUUCGGAGCCUCCUUCCUGAUGGGAUCUCUGGGAGGAAUGGGAUAUUUUGCUUAUUGGUACUUAAAGAAAAAAUAUAUCUAGUGCUGGCUGCUUGGUGUUUAGUUUGGUGUCUCUGUGCUGUGUGAAACUAUGAUGAAGCCUCGGUAACUGUAAUGAAAUUUGAAGCAAGGUAAUGAAUAAUUAUAUUGUUUAAUGUAACAUUCCAUAGUCUAGAAGUAGAAACGUAUACUGCAAGGAAAUAACAACAAAAAUGCGUCAACUUGUAAAUGCCUUUUUUAGGUUUAAGUAUUCAACUCCAGCGAGAGGCUCAGGGGGUCACGGGCUCAGCUGUGCCCACUGGGAAGUGACGCUGGCACCGGCCAUCUCCCGUGGGAGAGACAGGAACCCCGGGAAAUUUCCCAACGCCCAAGUUCAAUAAUGGGACUCGGAUACUCGGUCCUGUACGUUUGUGUUUCUAAAUUGUUCACCAGCCACAUUUCACACAUGCAGGUAGUGGGGACUUUCUUCUUCUGGAAGGUGUUGUGUUGUCGUGCUCGGAGGCUUCCCUGGGAGCAGGGUGCGGUAGCUGGUCACACUCAAGGUGGAUUUGCGUUCUUCAAGUAUCCAUUUUUAAAAUUAUUUUAAUUAAAAGGAAUAUUUUUUAUUGAGCUGCUCUUAGAAUGUAUCUACUUUCUACGUCUGGUUUUGGUGGGCUUUUUUUUAAAGAAUUUAAUGUCUGUCUUAAAACUGCCACACUUUUUUCCUGAGGUAAAUCAUUUUGACUUCCAUCCCGAAUUUUGGCACAUGAAGGAGAUUAUUGUUUUAAGCCUUUUGGAUCCGUCUCUUGAGUUUUCCUUCAUGGAUUUGCACCGACUGAGCAUAUCUGGACUCUGAAAAAGUAUGACCAUUUUCAGAACUUUUCACCACUUUCCUGAAGGCACUUUGGCUUUCUCUUCCAUCGGGGACUCUGUCAUAUCCUCGCUGUGUGUUUUCUUAGAGACACUUUGCACAGAAUCACAUUGAUGACUUUCUUGUGCCUUUUGCAUGUAGGAAAGAAUAACGGGCCUCACUGCUACUCAUGCUUUGAAAACUGAGAUCCUCAAUAAACCAUAUGGGAGGAGUAA